CCAAGGUCAUUCACAAAUUCACCUUCAGCUGUUUCUAAUGGUGUGCUGCAGCCAAUGGGAGAGGAGGAAGAAGAUCAGCCACAUUAGGAAAAGCUGUGGAGGAGAGCUCCGUGCGGCAAAGACAACAUUUCCAGGCCGCAGCUGGACGCAGAAGAGCCGGCCUUCAUGGACGACUAGGCCGCAGCCUUUCUGGUGGUUAUGUUGGACCCGUCAAGUGGAAUUUUCCUGGACGUUUGUUUCAUCUGAACUAUUUAAUUAGAAGUGUAUAUAUUUCCAAGAUGUCUGAUAGAUCCCAGAGUCCAGGCUCUGAGUGUCAAACCCGCCCGUAUGACUUCAGCAGGGCCUGUGCCCAACUUCUGGGUCCAGACGCUCUGGGAGCGUCGUCCUUUCAGCUCCCCCUGACAGACGCGGGCCUCCUCUACAGUAAGUCCGCUUAUGGUGCGCUCCCGCCGGCUACCACGCAGAGCUUCUUCCCCUUCCAGUCGGUCAGCGGCGGCGGUGGGGGUGGUGGCGACUACAGGGGCUCCGAGCUCCAAGCGGUGGAGUUCGGUCAACCCAAACAUUGGUAUCCGUUCGCUGCGCCCGAAUACACCGGACAGGUACCCGGCGUAACCGCAGCCACCCAGCCCACCAACCUGAGCCCCCCCAUAGCCGAGACCCGGGAGCAGAUUAAACUCCCCGAAAUCAAAACCGAGAAAGACACCGGGGAUGACUACUCCAGCGAGGUAAAGCUUCAACAGUACCCGCCGACCUCCGCCGCCAUGCCCCACGGAGUCUUCUACUCGACCCCCUGGAACCCCUCCUUCUGGCCGGGCAUCACCCACCUCACGCCGCCCGGCAGCGGCGGCAGCAGCCACCAGAACCCCUCAACGUCUUCCGCGUCGUCGCCGUCCAUGUCCCCGUCUCCCCCCAGCAACGGCGUCCCGGCGAACGCCUUUUUCGGCGUCAACGCGCCCCAAGGAGUCGCCGGGCCGCCGGGCCAGAAUCCGGCUUCGUCUACCCGGAGCAGCGGCUCAUCCAGCGGCGGUUGUAGCGACUCGGAGGAGGAAAAUCUUUCCACUGAAGAGCUGGAGCAGUUUGCUAAAGAACUGAAACACAAACGCAUCACUUUGGGCUUCACUCAGGCUGAUGUUGGCCUGGCAUUGGGAAACCUUUACGGCAAGAUGUUCAGCCAGACGACCAUUUGCCGCUUUGAGGCUCUCCAGUUGAGCUUCAAGAACAUGUGCAAGCUGAAGCCCCUCCUGCAGAGGUGGCUGAAUGACGCCGAGACCUUGGAAAAUCCCCAGGACAUGCACAAGAUUGAGCGAGUGUUUGUGGACACCAGGAAGAGGAAAAGGAGGACCAGCUUGGAAGGAGCCGUUCGCUCCGCCUUGGAGUCGUACUUUAUCAAGUGUCCCAAGCCCAACACGCAGGAAAUCACACACAUCUCAGACGAUUUGGGCCUGGAGAGAGAUGUGGUCCGAGUGUGGUUCUGCAACCGCCGACAGAAGGGGAAGCGCCUGGCUCUGCCGCUGGACGAGGAGUGCGACGGCCAGUUCUACGAGCAGAGCCCGUCUCCCCUCAACAUGACCGCCUCCCCAGUCCCCAACCAGGGCUACCCGGCUGCUGCCAACUACCCCGGGGCGCCACCCCCGCCGCCAUCCACGCUUUACAUGCCCUCGCUGCAUCGGGCUGACGUCCUGAAGCCAUCCCUGCAUCCCGGACUGGUUAGUCACCUGACUGGGUAGACUCCUCGCACGUGUCGUCGCCUCGCUCCGUCCAAAGCGUCAAGGAUUGUUGUGGGACGAUGGCCAAGACUCUUCAACACGUGUCGGGUUCUUCACCGGGCAGCUUUUCAAAGGUAGCGCAGAUGCAUGUCGACCCGAGUGCUGACUUUUAAGAGAUAAGUGGAGCUGUGGUUCUCGUAAUGUUCCAGUUUUUUAAAAUGAUUUUUGAUGUAAAAAGACUCCAGCUGAAGUCACUCUAGUUUUAAAUCCUGUAAAGUGCCUUUUCUAAUUAUUUUUUUAAAAAUUGAUAUUUUUUGUAUACCAAAUCCCCUCCUCAGCAGUGUUUGUGGCCCAUGUUUUGGUGAGAAUCUGGGUAUAAGUGUUUCACACUGGCAACCUCAAUGAACCAUUCCGCCUUGGAGGUCUGCUCUCAACUAAGACGUUCCUUUAUAGUGGGUCGUUUGUCACUAAAAAAUACUGUGGGCUUUGGUGAGAAUCUGAGUAAAGGUGUCCACGGUCACAUCAAAAAGUGCCUUUUUAAUAUUGCCAUUUUUUGUUAGUGUUUAAAUGACCUCUAGUGCAGUGGUUGAAGCCUGAGACUUUUGCACAUUACAUGGCCUAGUACAUAGUCGGACAUGAUUGCCCCCCCCCCCUUUCCCCACAAUUACAAUCUGGUGCAGAUGAAUUUAUUCAACCAAAUGACACAGGUUAAAAAAGUAAAGUGGAUUUAUGCAGUUUAUUUUCUUUUUUUAAGUGUGAUUUUUUUAAAGAAUUGUAUAUUUCAUCAUCCCCAAUAACAUGCUUUUUUUUAAAAAGAGAUUUGGAUCACAAAAAUGAUCUUUGCUGCUAACUUUUCCUCCGCUUUUAUUGCACAUUUCUAUGUUUUGACUCGGGUAAAUUGGUCCAAACAAUUAAAGAUCAUCAGAACAAAAUACGAGCGCAUGCUUUGUCACGCUAAGCUGAAAUCGCUGACUAAAGCAGACGUUUCUGAUCUAUAAACGUUAAUGCAAAGACUGCUUGGGAGUGGGCGUGUCUGGCUGUGGGUGGAAUAAAAUGGAGACAUUUCGGGUGGGAAGUUGGAAGUCCAUGAAGAUGCAGAUUCUGGAAGAUCUUGAAAGCGUUCUGUACGGGUUAUUGUGUGGAGCUGCUCCACAGGAGUCCACAACUCGAUGGUGAAGGGGCUAAAAUCAGCAUAAUAGUUCCCCUU